AUGCAAAAUCCAGAUACUCAAGAAGAAGCAAAGAAGACAAUCAGAAACUCGACCUUAACAACCUUCUCCCUCCCCGAAACCAUCAUGUCAUCCCCCGAUCUCGGCCCCGAGUCCCUCACUGACAUAACAAUCUCACGCGAAACACCUAUCAUCUUGCACAACCCCAAUUCCCAUCAACAAGCCACCACCUUGAAAACUUGGGUCCCAAAAGUCUUCAUAGCGCUCCUUAUCGUACUGAUCUUAGCUCUAGCGUUGGCAAUUGUGUUGGUUGUGAUGGCAUCGCUGGGAUAUCUGGGGAAGUCGAAGGUGGAGGCUGUGGAGAUGGUGCAGCCGACGGUGACUACGACAAUUCAAGCAUCAGUGAUGUCACAAAUUACGGGGGCGUCGGGUGGGAUUCAUGAAAUGGUGAGGGAGAGUGGUGGAGGGAGGGUGGUUCAACGGGUGGGGAUUAUAGUGUGUGAGGUGGCGCUGGCUUGGAGCUUGGUGUAUUUGUUUGGGAUGUUUGAGAAUAGGGAGAGCGGCAAGGAGGAGGGGCGGAGUGUGGAGAGGAGGGAUGGGCCGAGGAUCAAGGAGUAAUGGAAAGGGGGUGAGGGAGGGGAGCGCAGAAGAACACGCCGAGCAUUGUAGAUGUCAGAAGUGGAAGGCGGAAAUGGGGUUUGG